CGUUCUUACCCACGUUUUGCACGUUUCUCACAAGGGAUCCAACUAUUCGCUGGUAACAGCUGCUUUUACAUUUUUGAAAAUGAGGCCAUUAACCGACGAAGAGACGAAGACGAUGUUCGAGAAGCUUUCGAAAUACAUCGGAGAAAACAUCAAAAUACUUGUGGACCGACCUGAUGGCUCCUACUGUUUCAGACUGCACAACGACCGCGUGUACUACAUGAGUGAGAAGAUUCUGAAGUUGGCCGCACACGUUUCAAGGGAGAAGCUCGUGUCGGUGGGGACGUGUUUUGGGAAGUUCACGAAGACCAUGAAAUUCCGCCUGCACAUCACAGCUCUGGAUUUCCUGGCGCCUUAUGCCAAGUUCAAGGUGUGGGUGAAACCCGGAGCAGAGCAGUCCUUCCUCUAUGGGAACCACGUGAUGAAAUCUGGCCUCGGGAGAAUCACUGAGAACACGAUGCAGUACCAGGGAGUUGUGGUCUACUCCAUGACGGAUGUGCCUUUGGGUUUCGGAGUUGCAGCCAAGUGUACCGCGGAGUGUCGGCAAGUGGACCCCAUGUCCAUUGUAGUGUUCCACCAGGCCGACGUCGGAGAGUUCAUUAGGAAUGAAGACACGUUAACAUAAAGAUGCAUUGAUAGCUGGACUUUCAAAUGUUCCUCUUCUUAACACAUUUCACCAUCAACUUCGGACGCACACCCAGAGCAGCUGUUUGUUUUAUUGGAAGGGGUUGAUUUUAUACAAGUGUCUUGAUACCAGAUGUUACAACUUUCCCAUAAAUCCAAUGCACAAAACUUGACUUGGGAUAUCACUAAACUAACCAUCUAUAAGAUGUCUAUUCAGAUUGUCCCAAUCCAAAUUACGGGGGGGGGGUUUUGUGAUUAUUUUGUAAAUGUCAAUAAAUCCAUCUUUGUAUUUGUCUUAAA